UUUUUUUUGAAAAAAGUGCUUGGGAUGAGGAAUAGACUUAAUUGUGGAGAAAGGGAACAUGACCAGCUUGAAGAUCGCCCUCCUCAUUUUUCUUCUUCAUCCGACAACAACAAAAACAGUUUUAUUUCCUCCAACUGUUUUAAAAAUAAUGUUAAAACAAUGAAGUCUUCUCCUUCCGGUCAAGAUGUAAGCUCCCCAACUGCUGCCGGUGUUCAUUUCAUUUCUCCAUCAGAGCGACGUCGAGAAGAUAAUUCUUCUAGUAAUGUUGGGUUUUUUAUAAAACGUCGCUGGCGCUGUAUUUUUGGGGUUCUUUCUGCUUUACUGAUGGCUACUGCUGUAAUCGUUGGUAGUUUCAUUCUCUUUAUGAUUUUGAUGAGUGAGGCAAAAAGAAGAGCAAAAACAGAAGAAACGCAAUAUUUAAAAGGAUUAGUAGAUACAAUUAACAAUUCAUCAGAUGUUAGAUGGAAAGCUCGUUUUAACCCGUUUGGCAUUCGUGUUCAGGAUUUUAGCCACAAAAGUUUAAAAAAUUUGACGGCAAUAAAAGAAUAUGUUGCACAUUUGGAAAGGUUUUUUGAUUCUCCAAGAAUGAAGGAACAUUUAAAAGAAUUGGAAGAUUUUCCUGAUUCAAAGCUUCCUCGACAUUUUGAUGCUCGGGAAAAAUGGUCAUUAUGUCCAAGUAUUCACCAAAUUCCAAAUCAAGGUGGUUGUGGCUCUUGUUAUGCUGUUGCUGCAAUGACUGUAGCUGCUGACAGAACAUGCAUUCUCAGCAACGGAACGAAAAAAUCACAAUUAUCAGCACUUGAUGUAAUUGAAUGUUGUUCUGUUUGUGGAAAUUGUUUUGGAGGAGAUCCUUUAAAAGCAAUGGUCUAUUGGGCUUUAGAAGGUGUUGUGACUGGAGGUCCAGAUGGCUGUCAUCCAUACACAGUCAACGCUGAAUGUGGCACUCCAUGCAGUCCUCAAGUAUAUGGAAUUGAACAACAAAAACGUUUUUGCCGAAGAGAUAAAUGCCAGCCUGGUUAUUAUCGAAAUAUAAAUUAUGAGGAGGACAAACAAAAAGGUUCAAUAGCUUAUACACUCUUCCCACGAAAAAUGAGUAUUGACCAAGCAGGUAAUAAACGAAUUAGAAAUAUUAUUCGAAAAGAACUUAUUACUGUUGGACCGACAACUUUAGCACUUCCACUUACCGAAGAAUUCCUUCAUUAUGACUCAGGUAUUUUCCACCCAUAUCCAGAAAAAGAUUUUGAAAAUCGAAUAAUAUAUUGGCAUGUUGUUCGAUUAAUAGGUUGGGGGCAUGAUGAAGAAGAUAGACUUUAUUGGAUAGCUGCAAAUAGCUUUGGAGAGCAAUGGGGUGAAAAUGGUCAUUUCAAAGUAGAUACCAGCCUAUUGGAAAAUUUUGGUUUAGAAUACGAAGCGGGACUUUAA